GGGGCCCCCGACCAAUGGGCAGUACGGGCCGCGGCGGGGGGCGGGCGCCGGGGCCGAGGGUAGCUUGAGCGCGGCGGCGGCGUUGUUCAGUCAGAGCGAGAACAUUCCAGAGGUCGCCAGGCUCGGCGCUGCCGGUGUGGACGCGGACGUCGCAGGGACAGCCCCUCCCGCUGCUCGGCGGCGGCACCUGCCCGGCCGCCCCUCCGCUCGCCGCCCGCCCCGCCGCUCCGGACCCGGAUUCCAGCGCCUCUUCCUCCCAGUCCCGGGCGAGCCGCGUUGGGUUUAUGUCUUUAUUUGACGAAAACGAGCUGUUGCGCAGCCAUUGGUACCUGUAUUGGGGAAACAUAGCAUACAAGCAAGAAGCUCACAGCCUCAGCGGCGAAAAUUUUUUCAUGUCAGAGACCGAGAACUCUUGCAGUCGUUUAUGUCAUCCCUUCUUCUCCAGACAGAAGAUACCAAAAAGUUGCAAUCAAAGAUCUCUUCAUCUUAUUGAUAAAGCCACUAAUAAGCCAAAAUGUCUGUCAACGUCAACCGCAGUGUGUCGGACCAGUUCUAUCGCUACAAGAUGCCCCGUCUGAUUGCCAAGGUUGAGGGCAAAGGAAAUGGAAUCAAGACAGUUAUAGUCAACAUGGUUGACGUUGCAAAGGCGCUUAAUCGGCCUCCAACGUAUCCCACCAAAUAUUUUGGUUGUGAGCUGGGAGCACAGACCCAGUUUGAUGUUAAGAAUGACCGUUACAUUGUCAAUGGAUCUCAUGAGGCGAAUAAGCUGCAGGACAUGUUGGAUGGAUUCAUUAAAAAAUUUGUUCUCUGUCCAGAGUGUGAGAAUCCUGAAACAGAUCUGCAUGUCAAUCCAAAGAAGCAAACAAUAGGUAAUUCUUGUAAAGCCUGUGGCUAUCGAGGCAUGCUCGACACACAUCAUAAACUCUGCACAUUCAUUCUCAAGAACCCACCUGAGAAUAGUGACAGUGGUACAGGAAAGAAAGAAAAGGAAAAGAAAAACAGAAAGGGCAAGGACAAGGAAAAUGGCUCUGUAUCCAGCAGUGAGACACCACCACCUCCACCACCAAAUGAAAUCAGUCCUCCUCCACAUGCUGUGCAGGAAGAAGAGGAAGAUGAUGAUUGGGGGGAAGAUACAACUGAGGAAGCUCAAAGGCGCAGAAUGGAUGAAAUCAGUGACCAUGCAAAAGUUCUGACACUCAGCGAUGAUUUGGAAAGAACCAUAGAAGAGCGUGUCAAUAUCCUGUUUGAUUUUGUUAAGAAAAAGAAAGAAGAGGGUAUCAUUGACUCAUCUGACAAAGAAAUAGUUGCCGAAGCAGAAAGACUAGAUGUGAAAGCCAUGGGUCCUCUUGUUCUGACUGAAGUUCUUUUUAAUGAGAAGAUUAGAGAACAAAUUAAGAAAUACAGGCGCCAUUUCCUAAGAUUUUGUCACAACAACAAAAAGGCGCAGCGGUACCUUCUUCAUGGUUUGGAGUGUGUGGUAGCAAUGCAUCAAGCUCAGCUCAUCUCCAAGAUUCCACAUAUCUUGAAGGAGAUGUAUGAUGCAGACCUAUUAGAAGAGGAGGUCAUCAUCAGCUGGUCAGAAAAGGCCUCUAAGAAAUAUGUCUCAAAAGAACUUGCCAAAGAGAUUCGUGUCAAAGCAGAGCCAUUUAUAAAAUGGUUGAAGGAGGCAGAGGAAGAAUCUUCUGGUGGUGAAGAAGAUGAUGAAGAUGAAAACAUUGAGGUGGUGUAUUCGAAGACUGCCAGUGUACCAAAAGUUGAAACUGUGAAGUCUGACAACAAGGAUGAUGACAUUGAUAUUGAUGCCAUUUAAAAGAAUGGAUGCAACUUAGCUUAACAGUGUAAUGCUGCAAAUUUUUCUCCAUUAUCAGCCAGAAGUGCAACAUGUAUGUGCAAAAGCUAAAUGGCUUAACAUCAUGCUACACUUUAUACUAAAAAUAUAUUACUGUGAGUGGUCUGUAAUUAAGCCCAAUGAGACAUCUAGGGAGUCCAUACACACCAGUGAGCAGAUGUAGUUUGCUUAUUUAUAGCAUGUUUCUUUCGGAAAACUAGUGGUGGACACAUUUGGAUCACAUUUAUACAGUUAUAAAUAAAGAUUUGAUUUUGUUCAUUCAGAUUUUGGGCUCUUAAUGGCUUAUCCUGAAGUCACUGGCUCCUUUUUAAAAUGUUAUGCUAUCAUUGAAUCUGAUAGGUCUCUGGAGCCUGGCAAAUGUUAUGUGCUGAGACUGUAUCAAAGUCUUCAGCAGGAUAUAAACACAUAUUUGCUUGUAAUGAUCUUAUACAGCCAUUAAGAAAUAGAGAACUUCUUAAAGUUUUAUCUUUAAUCCCUUUGAAUUGGCAUCUCGAUAGUCUUUUAUACUAAAACAAUCUGAUAAUCAGAUGACAGUGCAACAUCUUACUGAAGUAAAAAUGACUUGCGUGUCCUAUAAAUUUAAGAACAAGUUGUAAAGAUUUGAACUUGUGAUUUUCAGUUCAUGUAUACUUGCCCCAAAUUGUAGUAUUUGGAGUCAUGUGCAUUGCACGUUGGAUGAGCCAGGGAAAUUAUUAGAUUAACAAAUAAGUAUUUUAUGUGUAUGUAGUGGUUGCUUUGUACUGAGAGAAAACUUAAAACUUUGAGGUUUAAUUAAAUAGUAAACUGAUUUUAUUUGGGAGAAACAGGAAAGAAGGUGCACUUAAUCUGUAGCAGGUUUUUUUUUUCCAGCUUUUACCCCUAAAUUAUAAUUUCAGAAUGUUUAGACAUACUGCAUUUUGUGUUGUGUUUUUUUUCCCCUGAUAUUAUGGUUUAUUCUUUAAUGCCUUUUACAUUGGACGUAUAGCUAUGCUCUUAGGUUUUUGUUGCUAUCUUGCCAAAAUAAGUGUUACUGUGUUUUAAGCUUGAUUUCCCUCCCCCUCCCCCCCAAAAAAAAAGGUCUCAGCAAAAGUUGAAAUCAUACUUCUCAGUCAAACUCUGUAUUUUGGUGUGUGACUUGGGAUAUUUUUUACUUCGCAUUGGCCAUGUCUGGACACCUGAGAAGUCUGGGUGGUGGAUAGUGGGAUAGCUUACCUGGAAAGCCCAUGCAGGCUCUUAGACAUAACUAGAAGAAUUGUUUAUUAGCUGAUGUUAACUCAUUUGAUAAGGGUUCUAACUAUACCAUCUUAAAGGUAAAAACUUCCCACAAAAAGUGCAUUCUGAGACUUUUGAAGGGUCCGUGUGUUUAAUUUUGCGUUAGGCACUGGCUCAUAUUAUUUACUUAUUCCUUUGUCUCCCAUCUCCCAGAUUGAGACUUAAUAGUAAAUGUAUGUAAAAUUUUUUCACAUUGAAAUUAUACAAACAUUUGAUAAAAAAUAAAAACCUUGUUAGCUUGAUACUUAACAGGAAUUAAAUCCUAGCAAUCUUG